AUGUCCAACGUUGGUUAUGAUCUCGACACAUCGGGCGGUCUAAUGCCGCUAAUACGGGCACUUAUUAAGCCACCUGAUGAAGAUUUGAACGCACAAAAGCCGAAAAAGCCUCAGCACCCCUAUUAUAAGAGACCUGGGAAAGGGCAUAACCACGAUUCAUGCGACGCGUGUGGCGAAGGAGGAGAUUUAAUUUGCUGUGACCGUUGCCCGGCCAGCUUUCAUCUGGGCUGCUAUGAUCCCCCAUUGGAGGAAAGCGAUAUCCCUGCGGGGCUUUGGUUGUGUCGAGAAUGUCGUGCUGCCGACGAGCGGCAGCCGUCAUCCCGUAGCUCCCGCGCACAGUCUCCUGCAGACAAGUCUGACACCGAGAAGAAAACUAGGUUGCUGCGAAAUAGUCGUGCCAAUUCGUCCACAAAGAAGAAGGGAAAAGAAGAUGGUAAAGAGACCGAAGAGGAGGAAGAGAAGAAGGAAUUAACUCCAAUGGAGAUCCUUGUAAAAGCGGCUAAAGUUAUGAACCCCAAGCAAUUUGAGUUGCCUCGCGAGAUGAGAAUUCCUUGUAUAUUUCCCGGAACUGAAAAGGAGGGCAGCAAGAACGGCGGGCCGUCGGUGGUGAGCGUGGACGCGUGGGGCUGCGUGCCGCUGCCCGCGAAAUCCUGCUACGUGUGCAGAGGCACCUGCAAGGCGGCGCCGCUGCUGCAGUGCGACUACUGCCCGCUGCUCUUCCACCAGGAUUGUUUGGAUCCUCCGCUAACUGCCUUGCCUACCGGACGCUGGAUGUGCCCCAACCAUGUUGAGCAAUAUAUUGACUGGAAGCUGGUGAACUCGAUAUCGGCGACGGAGCGCGUGGCGCUGUGGGACAAGUUCUCGGCCCCGGUGGACCAGCACGCCAUCAAGAUCGACUUCAUCAGGCGCGCUAGGAGGCCGCGCCCCGCCUUCCGGGCAACUGACACCAAACGAAACGCCAAAACGUUAUACUUCCGCCUCACGCCAUUCUUCUGUGAGGUAGUGGUACCAUGGACCCGUUUGCCCACUCGUGUGACAACAGAAGCGGAGUGCGAGGUGGGCAGGUGGGCAGGUGGGCAGGUGGUGAGUUGGUGGUGGUGCGGUGAGGUGGUGACGUGGCGUUCGCGUUGCAGGCUCAGAGCGGGGGGGCUGCGCGGGCGCGUGGCGGUGCCGGCCAUGGUGCGGCUGCACUACCGCCGCCCGCCGCCGCUGCUGCCCAGCCGAAGGGAGCACGUGCGCUGCGCCGCAGUGCUGAGCAAGCUGAAGGCGGGCGGCGCCUACUCGGAGUCGGAGGAGGAGCGGGAGGAGAAGCAGCAGAUCUGCAUGAACAGCGCGUGCCCGCAGUACUCCGGCGAGGGCCCGUGCCCCCUCCGUGGCGCCAGCGAGGGCGACGCCGCUCAAGACCUGGACGCCAUCGCCCGGCCCGAGGAGGAGGCGAGCGACUCGUCGAGCGGCAUGUCCUGGUCGGGGCUGGAGCGCGUGCGCGGGCGGGCGAAGCGGCGGCGGCUGGGCGGCGGCGCGUCGGAGGGCGAGCGGCUGCGGCUCAAGGGCGACGAGGGGGUGGACGAGCUGCUCGCCGCCGUCGAGCAGCAGCUGCACAAGCUCGACGAGCGGCUCGUCAAGCUGCUCGCCUGGCAGCAGCUGCAACAGAUCGCGUGUGGUGAGGCGCGCUCAGGCCGCUGGCGCGGGCGCGGCUGCUGCGAGGGCGAGGCGACAGCGGCGGCGCGGCUGCUGCGCGGCGUGGACCGCGCGCGCCUGGCCCGGCUCGGCGUGCGGCGCGCCGCGCUGCCCUCCGAGCUGCUGCCGCGCGCCGACCGCGACCGCAUCGCGCGCCUCGUCUGGGGCGCCCCGCCCCCGCCGCCGCCGCCGCCCGCGCCCGACGCCGCGCGCCGCCCCCGCGCGCCGCCCCUGCCGCACGUGCCCGUGCGCGCCACGCUCUGCCCCGUCAAGCCCGACAGGCGCGGCGGCGACGCAUCGAUGGGGCGCGCGGUGCCGAUGCGGCUGUCGACGCUCAGCGUGGGCGCCGAGGGCUGCGACCUGCCGCUGCCGCCCCACUGCCGCCACGCCUCCAGCCUGCACGCCAUCAUCUUCUGCGACGAGGUGACGGGCCACUUCGAGCUGAUCAACUACUCGGAGUGGGGCAGCCGGGUGAACGGGGUGCUGUACACGUGCGACGCUUCGCCCCGCGAGGAAGGCGCCCCCGGCGGGGCGGAGGGCGGCGGGGGCGGAGAGCAGCAACAGGAGGCGGAGGCGAGGGCCGCCGCGCUCAGGGAGCUCGUGCGGAGGCGCCAGCCGAAGCCCUUCAGGGCCAACGGCGCUCUGACGGCGCGGCCGGCGUGGGCGGCCGAGGAGGAGUGCGGCUGCGCGGAGGGCGGCGCCUCCGCCCCCGGCGCCUGGGAGGGCUCAGCGCUGCUCUCGCACGGGGCGCUGCUGCAGUUCGGCUGCUGCCUCUACGUCUUCAGCAUCGCCAGCCCGCACCGCGACGCC